CUCUGAGUCGGAGCGGGCGGCGGGGACGGACCGACAGACGCGAGGGCCGGGCGGCGAACAAGAUGGCGCAGACGCUGGGCACUCGGAGGAAAGUCUGUUACUACUACGACGGGGAUGUUGGAAAUUAUUAUUACGGACAAGGCCACCCAAUGAAGCCUCAUCGAAUCCGUAUGACUCACAACUUGCUUCUUAAUUAUGGUCUCUACAGAAAAAUGGAAAUCUAUCGUCCUCAUAAGGCAAAUGCUGAGGAGAUGACCAAGUAUCACAGUGAUGACUACAUUAAAUUCUUGCGUUCCAUCCGCCCAGAUAACAUGUCUGAGUACAGCAAGCAGAUGCAGAGAUUUAAUGUUGGUGAGGACUGUCCAGUAUUUGACGGCCUGUUUGAAUUCUGUCAGUUAUCUACUGGUGGCUCUGUGGCAAGUGCUGUGAAACUUAAUAAGCAGCAGACGGACAUCGCUGUGAAUUGGGCCGGGGGCCUGCACCAUGCAAAGAAGUCUGAGGCAUCUGGCUUCUGUUACGUCAAUGAUAUCGUCUUGGCCAUCCUGGAGCUGCUAAAGUAUCACCAGAGAGUGCUGUAUAUUGACAUUGAUAUUCACCACGGUGAUGGUGUGGAGGAGGCCUUCUAUACUACAGACCGGGUCAUGACUGUGUCCUUUCAUAAAUAUGGAGAAUACUUCCCGGGAACUGGAGACCUACGGGAUAUUGGGGCCGGCAAAGGCAAGUAUUAUGCUGUUAACUAUCCACUCCGUGAUGGGAUUGAUGAUGAAUCCUAUGAGGCCAUUUUCAAGCCGGUCAUGUCCAAAGUAAUGGAGAUGUUCCAGCCCAGUGCGGUCGUCUUACAGUGUGGCUCCGACUCCCUGUCUGGAGAUCGAUUAGGUUGCUUCAAUCUGACCAUCAAAGGGCAUGCCAAGUGUGUGGAAUUUGUGAAGAGCUUCAACCUGCCUAUGCUGAUGCUGGGAGGAGGUGGCUAUACCAUUCGCAACGUUGCCCGAUGCUGGACAUAUGAAACAGCUGUGGCCUUAGAUACGGAGAUCCCUAAUGAGCUUCCAUACAAUGACUAUUUUGAAUACUUUGGACCAGAUUUUAAACUUCACAUCAGUCCUUCCAAUAUGACUAACCAGAAUACAAAUGAGUACUUGGAGAAGAUCAAACAGAGACUGUUUGAGAACCUGAGAAUGCUGCCCCAUGCCCCUGGGGUUCAGAUGCAGGCAAUUCCUGAAGAUGCCAUCCCAGAGGAGAGUGGUGAUGAGGAGGAAGAUGACCCUGACAAACGUAUCUCUAUCUGUUCUUCUGACAAACGAAUUGCCUGUGAGGAAGAGUUCUCCGAUUCAGAGGAGGAGGGAGAAGGUGGCCGCAAGAACUCUUCCAACUUCAAAAAAGCCAAGAGAGUCAAAACGGAAGAUGAGAAAGAAAAAGAACCAGAGGAGAAGAAAGAAGUCACAGAAGAGGAGAAAACCGAAGAGAAACAAGAAGUCAAAGGGGUCAAGGAAGAGGUGAAGUUGGCCUGAGCAAAUCCCUACAAUUCUGGCCUCUUGCCAAGUCAUCCUAUAUCCCCCCUUCUACAACCCUAGAUUUUAUAUUUUCUAUUCCUGUGUAUUUAUAUAAAAAUAUAUAUUAAAUAUAAAUAUCUGCAGGGACUAGACAGGAACCAGAACCUUGUACCCAGGGCACAUGUGCUGGGUGAGCUCCUCAGCUGCCUUGCUGCUUGUCCCAACCCAGUUUUGACUCAGAAAGGGUGCUGGCAUGGAUGAAGGGGGCCUUCAGCAGUCAUAAGGCAGGAUCUUGAAAUGCCAAGUGCCUGCUUCAUAGUUUUGGAAUGGCUCCCUUAUAGCACAUUCUAGAAGGGGAGACUGCAUCUUCAGCUUUGCAGCUCCUUACAACAACAUCUGCCAUUUUUAGGUCGUUUCUGUUCUCAUGCCUUCUUGAUGAUUCCAGGUGAGCCUGGAAACUCCUACCACCUGCCCUGUCUUCCCCCAAUUCUGCAGUGGAGACUGCUAGACCUUUCUUUUUUGAGAUACUAUUUGCAUUUUUGUCAGAAUCUUUGUAAUAAAAUGGUACAUUUCUAUACCCUCCUGA